UUAAAAAAAAUAUAUUAUCUUUUAUAUAUCUGUCUCCGGUCGCGUCGCCUGGCUGCGGAGCUAACAUACGCCGGCGCCACCGACACCGACGUCCCCCUGUCCUCGUCCGGUUCUCUUCUCGCCUCCCCUCGAGGCCAUCCAUUUAAGGCUUCGUCUCCCGUUCUCUUGUUUGGAUCUUCAUCUUUGCGGGAGCUGGAGUCGGAUCAUGGAGAGGACCGGGAAGCUGACUCAAACUCUGUCCUCUUCUGUUCUUCUCUUGGCCGCCUUCGUUGUCCUAGCGACUGGGUCACCUGGUUGCCCCGUGCCCUCGGUUGGGGACUCGAUCUUGGGUCGUUCAGGCUCUCUCUGGGAUUUGGACCCGAGGAUGAUGCAUGCUAAUUAUCGGAUCGGCGUUGUUGAGGGAGAUGAAGCUGCUUUGCAGCGGGCAUUUAGCAUUGUGCAGACAAACAGAGACAGCUAUGUAGCUCUGCUAUUUUAUGCAUCCUGGUGCCCUUUUUCUAAAGUCUUCCAUCCAAAUUUCUACAUCUUGUCUGAUUGGUUUCCAGCUGUUCAUCAUUUUGCAUUUGAAGAAUCUGUUAUCAGGCCGAGCAUACUCUCGAAGCAUGGAGUGCAUGGUUUUCCUACCAUUCUUCUGCUGAAUUCCACCAUGAUUGUCCGUUAUCGUGGUUUACGCACCAUAAAUUCCCUUGUUACAUUUUACAAUCAUGUCACAGGUGUUGAUCCAUCGGCAAAACUGAUACCCCUGGAUGAAAUUAUGGACUCACCGAGAGUUUCUGAAUCCAUGGAAGAUGCACAGGAAAACUGUCCAUUCUCAUGGGCAAAAUCACCAGAGAAAUUGCUGCAGCAGGAUGGUUAUUUGGCGCUUGCAAGUUGCUUCCUGUUAAUGAGGCUUCUUCUUCGCUUCCUUCCCAGCCUUAAUGCUUGUUUCCAGAGAGCUUGGAGGCGACAGAUGCGAUAUGCAAGCCUGAGGAACAUAUGGAAUUCUUUCAAGGCAUACCUGGAACAAGCAAAGCAGGGCUUCAGUAGGUUGCAUCCGUUCAAGCAAACAAAUUUGCAGGAAGGUGCAAAGAAUGCAAAAGCUUGGGCUUCCAAAUCGUUAGCAUCGAUGUCACUAGGCGAAAGUAGUUCCGGAAGAGCAUACUCCACAGUCAAAAGAAAUUAAAAGGCAAGAUCAUUCGCUACUGUUUGUACAGUGUUGUAUAUCGACUUUGUUUGAGUGGAAAUGUUUAUGGGCUGCAACAAUUCUUGAAGCUGCGCCUUCCUGC